AGUCACGUGACAAAUGUCGACACGUGAUAGUCUGACUGUCUCCAAAUUGUUUUCAACACCAUGGCUGCUGCUGCACAACCUGUCUACUGGCUGGGUAAUGAAACCCUGAGAGUGUCGGCUGCCCUUUUCGCUGAGAACCGUCAGAGAUUGUGUCAGGGGUUGAAAGCCAAAGAAGAUUUGGUGCCAAAGUCUGUGGUGGUGCUUCAGGGAGGGGAGCAGAAGCAGAGGUACUGCACAGACACGGACGUCCUCUUCAGACAGGAGUCUUUCUUUCAUUGGGCUUUUGGAGUGACUGAGUCUGACUGUUAUGGAGCCAUUGAUGUGGAUUCUGGGAAAUCCAUGCUUUUUGUUCCUAAACUGCCUGAAAGCUAUGCCACUUGGAUGGGAGAGAUUUUCUCUAAAGAGCACUUCAAGGAGAAAUAUGCUGUUGACAAGGUGCACUACGCCUGUGAUAUUGCUGAUGUCCUCUCCAGCCUGAAUCCAGCAGUGCUCCUCACAUUGCGAGGACAGAACACUGAUAGUGGAAGCAUCAGCCGUGAAGCCUCCUUUGAAGGAAUUAGUAGCUUUCACGUGAACAACACAAUUUUACACCCUGUCAUUGUGGAUUGUCGUGUUGUUAAGUCUGACAUGGAGCUGGAGGUCCUGCGCUACACCAACAGGAUUUCCAGCGAUGCCCAUAAAAUGAUCAUGAAACAUGUGAAACCUGGACAGCAUGAAUAUGAAAUGGAGAGUUUAUUCCAGCAUUACUGCUACACUAAAGGAGGGAUGCGCCACACUUCAUACACUUGUAUCUGUGGAUCAGGUAACAAUUCCUCUGUGCUCCACUACGGUCAUGCUGGAGCUCCAAAUGACAAAACGAUUCAAGAUGGGGACAUGUGUCUGUUCGACAUGGGUGGAGAGUACUACUGCUACUCCUCCGACAUCACCUGCUCCUUUCCAGCCAACGGCAAGUUCACUGCAGACCAGAGGGCCAUCUAUGAAGCAGUCCUGAAAUCCUCGCGUGCUGUUUUAGCUGUCAUCAAACCAGGCGUGAAGUGGGCUGCCAUGCACCGCUUGGCUGACAAAGUUCACCUGGAGGAGCUUGUGAAGAUCGGCAUCCUGCAUGGCAACGUGGAGAACAUGCUGAAGGUUCACAUGGGCUCCGUCUUCAUGCCCCAUGGCCUGGGACACCUGCUGGGCAUCGAUGUGCAUGAUGUGGGGGGCUACCCUGAGGGAGUGGAGCGCAUUAACGAGCCUGGACUGAAGAGUCUUCGAAUGGGCCGCCUGGUGCAGGAGCGGAUGGUCCUCACUGUGGAGCCUGGCAUUUACUUCAUCAACCACCUGCUGGACCAGGCCCUGGCUGAUCCUGCCCAGAGCUGCUUCAUCAACAACCAAGUGCUGGCACGAUUCCGAGGCUUUGGAGGGGUUCGCAUUGAAGACGACAUUGCAGUGACGGCUGACGGUGUAGAGCUGCUGACCUGUGUCCCUCGCACAGUGGAGGAGAUUGAAGCUUUUAUGUCUGACUCCUCCAAACCUUUCAGUCCAGUUGUCAGCGCCGAGUAACUCUGAAUAAGAAAUAACAGAGAAGUCUGUGCUGAAUGCUGCAAAGCCUUUAUUGCAAAGAUUCCUCAGGAAAACUACAGUUAUUAUUCUGCCUAAAUAAUCAGUAAGAAAAUCAUCUCUCCACAGUUUUUCUUUUUGCAGUCUUCUUAAUGAUUUAAAGGUUUUUAAGAAUAUAAGCAUGACUAACUUUAUUAAAUUGUUUGAAUGCUUAAUCACAAUUUCGAAAACAGAAUUCUUUUCACAGUUAUACACUCACUAAGUACAAUCCCGAACUUUUGCUAAAUGUUAACAAUAUACAUUUUAAGAAAUCACCAUAUCAAAACACUUAAUGUGCUAAGCCUAAACAAUGUUAGCACUUUUACUUAUGAUCACUGUAAGUGAGGUUUACAAUGAAAAUGCUCAAAUUUAUUUACCAAUCACAACUCGAUAAAUAGGUUUAGUGUUUUGUAAAAAGUGUGAGUCUGACAUUGUGCUUAUUGUGCAGAUCUGAGCAAGUGUUUGACUACUUCAUUGUAGCUUUGCAAACUGAAAAUUAUUUUAAUAACUUUGACUUUGGUCUCAAAGCAAUCAUAAAAAAACUAAUA